ACGAACAGACAUACGUGCGUUAUAUUAAAAUCAUCAUGACCGGUUACGGCUGCCUACUCGCCAUGUGUUUAAUACAUGUUAUCAGUAUUGAGGGUUACGCCAUUAAGCCACUACGAUUAGCAAUACCACCAGAAGGAAUCUCGUUUGAAAUUAAUUUCAAAUCGGAUAACUAUAAGAGUGAGGUAAUACAAAUUUCUUCUUUAAUAGACAUGGAAGCUCCAGUUCCUGCAGCCCCUGGUCGACAAUCACAUCCAAAGACUUCAGCACAUCACCCGAAGAUUGAAUCAAGUAUUGAAAACCGCCACGGAUUAAGAGUGGGAACAUGCCCCACAGGCUAUGUGAAAAGUGGAGGAUUUUGUUUCCCGGAUUAUUAGACGAAAUAUUUUUGAAGAUAUUAAGUUGUGUGUCAUGUUUGUAAUUGUGUGUUUAUUUAUUUCAAUCGUUGUGAAGUGUAUAAAUGGUAGGAAUUCUCGUUAAAAAAGAUAAAAGAUUUUCAGUGUUGAAGGUCAUAAGUACCCGAAACCGACGAGCUUGCAUGAAGAGAGUUAUGUGGAUGAAGCGAAAGCAGUACUUACGCAGGGAACGUGUCAAAUGGAAAGAUGUGGUCUCUGUCUACAUCCCCGGGCAAGAGGCGUGAUUUAUGUACAAGUGUAUAUUAUUAAGUUAAAGAGGC